GUUCACUGUGCGUCGCAUUAAAAAGGAACAAUUAGAGGAAAAUGAGUUGUGCUACGUCGCUUGGGGCCCAUGUUUUUAUGACAGCAUAUCUACUCUUCGUGAUGGGAUGCGUUGCACAGAAGGUAUACUUUGACUGUGGUGCCAAGGUGGAUGUGGUGGACGUCCAAGGUCUUAUUCUGUCCCCUGGCUUCCCCUAUAACUACUCCUCUGGGACACACUGUGUUUGGCAGUUCUUUGUGCCUGUUGACUACCAGCUUAUUCUGGAGAUAUUUGACUUUGACGUUUUUGAAAGCCAUGACUCCGCCGCACAGUACUCUGCUCUCUCUAAUUUUGAAGAGGAAGAGGCAGACGAAGAAGUGACUUUCACUCCUGGCAGCUUAGCGGCAGAUGAAACCUCAUCAGCAGCUAAAGAUCCUGUGCCUCAGGGUGUGGGGGAUGACUCAAAGACUCAGCAGUCCUCCCAAGAUGGUGAGGUCAAGCAAGUAGUGGUCCAGGAGCAGUCCACUAAGAUGGAGAUUGCCAAAGUCUCAAAUUCUGCCAAAAGAUCUGCGGAAUCCUCCUCUGGCCUAUCUUCGCCUCCUCCUCCCUCUCUUCUCCUCAUACCUGGGGCUGUGCCUCCAGGAGACAAAACUGUCAAUUCUGCCUCCUUGUCUCACCUAAGGGGAGACCUCAGCCCCAGUUCUAACCCAAGCACUGUUGUGGAGGAAACCACCUAUGCCUCGCCACACUCCACUGGCACUCCAACUGUGAGCCCCGAAACCCAGCACUCGGUGCUUGAUGCCUGUCCCCAUGAUGUCCUCUACAUCUCAGACCUCAUCACCUUCUCCUCCAGGUUCUGUGGAUCUAACCGGCCUCCCGGCAGCCAGCUGGUUUUCGGCUCCAGCCAGGAGAUGGUGGAGGUCAUCAUGGAGCUCAUCACCACCACCCACUGGGGCCGCGGCUUUGCUCUUCUCUUCCACUACCACAACCUGACCGAACCAGGGGGGGACCGUCACACCUCUGCUCACGCAACCAGUAAGGUGGACUCUCUGCUGGCUGCUGUGAGUGGAGCUGCCUUCUUCGCAAUGAUACUUACAAGUGCCCUCUGCAUCAUUUUCAGGCCCCAACUGUGUCCAAAAAGAGCCAGCUCCUGUGCAUCCAGCAACUCUGAGGUGCCAGAGGGAGUCCAGAACACCGGGGCUGAGGUCAGCGAGCUGCAGCUGAUGGCUGAGAAUCAAACCAACGUGGAAGCGACCACAGAGCAGGACAACAACAACGACAGCCUGCCACACACAGUCAGUGCUGGUGGUGAUAUUUCCCAGAGUGCAGAGGUGGACCUUUCCUGCAGCGGUCUGACUGAACUUGACCUUGGUGCAGAUGAGGUUUUCAUUGUAUCAUCAGCCCCUAGCCCAAGCAGGCUACCCUUCUCACCCCACACACAGCGGGAGAGGUUUCUACGGCACAGUGACACUGGCCCAAGCCCUGCAGGUGACUGGCCGUCACCAGACCCCACCACCUCACCUUCUUGUACCAGGUCCACCAAGGACAGCAGUGUUGGCUGUGCGAGACCAAGAGCGUGGAGCGUACGCACCUUCCAGGACUUCCUCCCUCCACUGCCACAGCUGCAUAAGAAGUGGUGCAGCUGGAACUCUACCAGUCCUUUCACCAAGCUGGUGGAUAGCGCUCCAUCCAGUUUGGUGGCUGACCGCAGAGUGGACAACAGCAGGAGGGUCUUCUCUGAUGUUCACCUUGAUGCUAAGGCAGACAACAGCACCAUAUCUGACUCGUCCAUCAGCAAUGCGUCCUACCCCCUGUCACAGCCGGCCCAGAGGCAGCGGCGUCUCAACUCCACGAGCAACCUGCGGCGCUCUCGUUUCACAGGGCCUUGCUUUGGUCUGCUUUCAGGGACAGCAGACUCAGCGAAGGCCUCUGUGGCUCCUCAUACCCAGGGCUCCCCCUCAGAACCCAGCUCAGGCUCCUCUUCCUCCACCCAGUGUCAGAUUGAGAGUGGCCAGGCUGGAAAGAGGCGUGAUUUCCAAGGUGAGGGGGACCACAUCAGCGUGCCGGUAUUUGCCAUCUCUGAGGAGGAGGACCGGCAGCCUCUGGUCUCAGCUGAGCAUGUGAACCAGAACUCCACCUCUGCCCUGUUGAAUGGAUUGGUCAGGGGGACAUAUGAGGGGAAAGGGCCUGUCCUUGGAAGCAUCAACCUCAGUCCGAAGAACCAGAGAGCCAGACCGGAGUGGAGGCCAUGGGGGAGCCAGGUGUCAGGAGGGGUCGGUCCACUCCCUUCCAACACGCUCACCACCACGAUCGAGUCGAGCACAGUCAAUGACAGCCAGCCGUCUCUAAGUCAGUCCACAGCGCUGUGCAGUGUGAGCAACCAGAUGUAACCAUACAUGCUUUAAGUUGGUGUGAGCAGGGACUCUGCUGGGCCAGUUAUGCAUCUUUGAACUCUGUUAGUGCCACUUUGUUAAACAUAUAACCUUCUUUAAUUUCUGAAAUCAACUUUUACAAAAUGAUUAUAUACUGUAGCCUCCUGCUGACAAAUAUAGUCUUCUCACUCUAGUUGUUUUCUAUUUUGAUAAAUUGUGUUUGUACAAAGAUGAAAUAUUAUGCUGCUUAUUAUGCUGCUCUGGUAUUAUGUGUUUGAAAAACAUGUCUGAUUGCAAACAUGAACAAAAAAGGGUUUUUUUUUCUGAGCGAGUAUUCCACAACUCCCAACUCUUAGGAGCACUUUUUACCCAGAUUUAUUAACCAGUUUGAUGCUAUUCAUUGAGUUCUAACACUCCAACCAUUGCACUUUGCUUUCAGUAGCUCACUCUUUGUGGAUUUUGCGCUGCUGUGUGCCAACUUUCUGCUUUUGGUUCUUCAUGUGGUUAUUUCUUUAGUGCAAGCCUACAAAUGCUCAGUUACUUAUUACCCAAAAGUGUUCUGCAGCGCUUAGAACGUACAUUAAUAUUGAUGUUGUAACAGUAUAAGCAUACUGUUUGUACUCCUGAGGCUGAUGCUGGAUUAUAAAAGGGAAAUCAAAAUAAAGCAUAUAGAGUACUAAUAUUCACUUUUAUGUAGUGUAAAGAGAGAACUAGCAAUCACGAUAGUAUUUAAAAUGAGUUAUGAAUAUUGUUAAGGUUUAAUAAAAGCUAUGUCAUUCA